AUGGGCUCGUCCAAGAAACACAAGGAAAAGAGUCGCGACCGGGAAGCAGAGGAGCGCCGUCGCGACCACAAGAAACACCGGCGCAAGGAGCGCGACAGAGACGCGUCGGACCGCGACGCAACCCGGGACAAGGAGCGACGGAAGCGCUCGGCGUCCCGGGACAGGAGCGGUCGCGGCAGAGGCGAGAGGAGCGGCGGGGAACCUCGCGUCAAGAAGGAGAAGACGGACAGGCCGUACGAUGAAGGAAACGGCGAGGUUCAAGCUCAGUCGGCCAGCGGCGACGCGUCCCUCAGCGUGGAGGAGACCAACAAGCUCCGGGCCAAGCUGGGCUUGAAACCGCUGGAGUUGACCGACGGCAAAAAGGAGCUGGGAACCAAGGAGGAGCCGCUGGUGGCCGAAACCAUCAACCCGGCUCUGGCGCAGAAGGAGAAGGACUUAAAGGAGAAACUGGCGGCCAUGAAGGAGAAACGCCUGCUGAACCAGAAGCUGGGCAAAGUCAAGACCCUGGCCGAGGACGACUGGCUAGAGGACGCCGCCGCGUGGGUGGAGAAGAGCCGCAAGGCGGCCAAGGAAAAGGAAAUGGCGGAGAAGCGAGCCAAACUCCUGGAAGAGAUGGACCAGGAGUUCGGCGUCAGCACCCUGGUGGAGGAAGAGUUCGGGCGCGGCCGGAGAGGCGGCGCCUACACGGCGCGAGAUCUCAAAGGUCUUAAAGUGCAACACCAAGUGGACUCCUUCGGCGAGGGUCAGACGGUCAUACUCACCUUGCAGGACAAAGGCGUGCUAGAAGAAGAGGAGGACGUGCUGGAGAAUGUGGGGCUGGUGGACAAGGAGAAGGCGGACAAGAACGUGGAGCUCAAGAAGAAAAAGCCCGACUAUAAGCCCUACGAGGAGGAGGAGAGCGUGGACGACAUGGUCAGCUUCAAGUCGCGCUCGGUGCUGUCCAAGUACGACGAGGAGAUCGAGGGCGAGAAGAAGAAGAGUUUCCGCUUGCAGACGGGCGGCUUGGCCGACGGCGAGCGCGAACGGGAGCUGAGAGCCGUCCGGGAGACGCUACGCGCUCAGGCGCAGUCCUUGGCGAUGCCCUCGCUCACCGUGGCGUCCGAGUACUACUCGCCUCAGGAGAUGGUGGGCUUCAAAAAGACCAAGCGUCGCGUGAAGAAGAUCCGCAAGAAGGAAAAGACCUCGGUGGCCGACUUUUUGCUCCUGGACGACUCGCGCAAGAACGAUUUCGGGUCCAGGACGCGGGGGCGCGGACGGAAAAGCGACUUUGAAAACGAGGAGGAGGAGCAAAAGUGGCCGCACGAAACGGCGCCGACGGCCAUGUCGGACGACGUGCGGACGGCGGACAUGGACAUCAGCGACGAGGAUGACUUUGCGCCGCCCGAGCCCGCCGUCCUGGAGGAGGACGAGGCCGAGCAGGAGCUGCAGAAACAGCUGGAGAAGCAGAGAAAGCUACGUCAGAAGAAGCUCCUCAAGGACUCCGGCGAGAAGAUCGCCGAGCGGGUGAAGCGGCUGGCGCGGAACGACCCCGACGGAGACGGCGAGAAACGCAACAACAUCGUCUUCAACGCCACCUCCGAGUUCUGCCGGACGCUGGGCGACAUCCCCACCUACGGCCUGUCGGGCAACCGCGAGGACCAGGAGGACAUGAUGGACUUCGAGGAGGAGGACGAGAAGGAGGACGGCGGGGGCGCCGACUCGGACGCCGAGGACAACGUGGGCUGGAGCAGCGUCAACCUGGACGAGGAGAAGCACAACCCCGACUUCGUCACGGCGUCGGCCACCAUCCUGGACGAGGAGCCCAUCGUCAAUUCGGGUCUGGCCGCCGCGCUGCACCUCUGCAAGAACAAAGGACUCCUGGAAACGGAGGUGCAGAAAGUGGCGCGCGUGAAAGCCACCAAAGGCGCCCUGCCCAACGACAACUACUGCAUCGAGGACAAGAUGGGCUUCGACGACAAAUACAGCCGGCGCGAGGAGUACCGCGGCUUCACGCAGGACUUCAAGGACAAGGACGGCUACAAACCCGACGUCAAGAUCGAGUACGUGGACGAGUCGGGGCGCAAGCUGACGCCCAAGGAAGCCUUCCGCCAGCUCUCGCACCGCUUCCACGGCAAGGGAUCGGGGAAGAUGAAGACGGAGCGCCGCAUGAAGAAGCUGGAGGAGGAGGCGCUGCUCAAGAAGAUGAGCAGCAGUGACACGCCGCUCGGGACGGUGGCGUUGCUUCAGGAGAAGCAGAAGUCGCAGAAGACGCCCUACAUCGUGCUCAGCGGGAGCGGAAAGAGCAUGAAUGCUAAUAACAUCACCAAAUAA